GGGUCGGCCUCGGCUCCAGGUGACGGCGACAGAGGGCGAGAGGUUGAUGGUCCGCUUGGGUGUCGAUUGUUCUCCGAAAGAGCGUCUUCCCAGUCCCACUGGCUGACGGCACAGGAGAGGAGCCAAGUUUUACUGGAUCUCAAAGCUUCGGGCUGGUCUGAGUUGGGCGAAAGAGAUGCCAUCUACAAAGAGUUCAACUUCAAAAAUUUCAAUCAGGCGUUUGGAUUUAUGACGCGAGUUGCUCUGCAGGCAGAGAAGAUGAAUCACCACCCGGAAUGGUUCAAUGUCUACAGCAAGGUUCAGAUCACCCUCAUUUCCCACGACUGCGGCGGGCUGACCAAGAGAGACGUGAAGCUGGCUCAGUUCAUUGACAAGGCUGCUGCCUCCGUGUAACGCAGGUGCACGGCGUUUUAAGGCGCUGUCCCGCCCAUCUCUUGUGUUUUGAAUGGUGUCCCUCAUUCGCUGUAACUCCGAUUUCACAGCCCCCCUGAAAGGACAAGGUCUUCUGUAAAGAGUGGCGUAGCUUCGUUUGCCUUUAAGGCUUUUUUAUCUAAGAGACCCCUCUGAACACCUGUGCUCACCCUUUUCAGUGCCCACUCCUCUAUCCCCCGUGCUGCUCCAGCGAAUAGCACCAGAUCCCAGCUCCUGGUGCUGUUAAUGAAACGCGGUGCAUCUGAGUGCAGUGCUGGGUCGGGCAGCGCCCAGCACACUGCAGGAUGGAGCCAUUGGCAUUGCUUGUACCUGCAGGAGGGGAGGGGGAGCCUGGCCGGGUGCCGGCAGCAGGGGAAGCAGCAUUAGCAGGAUUCUUGCUAAGCUGGGCUCAGGCUGGAGCUAUGCUCGUCCUCCUUGGAGCUGCCAGUCCCCAUGUGCCCUCGGGUGCAGUGACCCCUGCGAAAUGCCUGCAGCGUGGCUGGGGGGGCACCGAGGGCACGGCUGGGGACUGAGACGCGUCGAGGGGCAGCGGCUGCCAGAAUCUAUUCUGGGUGCAUGCACAGAGUGUGUGGUCUCUGAGCUAUUCGGGAUGCAAAAUGCCAGUAGCUGACGCGCGGAUACUCCAGUCGGUAAAACAGGAACGGUAUUUUUGUUAAUGCUUAGCAAGUGCGCUGUCACGUGCUAAUUGGUGGCAGGAAGCAAGACGUGAGAUGCUGGGCUGUACAGGCGCUGACUGUACUGGGGAUAUUGAUACUAAAAGCUAAAAAAGACCCAGAUUCAAGCAACGUGCUCCAGUGUUCUGUGCUUCAAAGUGCCUUUCCCGACUGAAGCGGUGGAUUUCCCUGAUACAGCUUCAAACCGAUCACUCAUGAGGAAUGAAUGCUGCUAAAACAGUCGGGCUGUGAUGUCUCCUGUUGCUGGUGGGGGAGUGAUAACGCAUCUCACCCAGCGUUUGGGCGGUGCCUGCCAUGAAUGGUGAAAACUCUGCUGUUAGAAAUCGAUACAGAAUGCCAACACCUUGCAUCAAGCCAAUAAAAUCAAAUUCCUCCUUUGUAA